UAGUUUAUUCUAUGUUUUUUGCAGGGCCUCUCAACGGGGACGCGUGCUUUGGCGCGCGAGCACGCGACCUCCGGAGCCGGAUGACCGACCGAAGUCACCAAACAAUCGAGGAGGGAAUCACUCGCUUCUCCACAGCCGGUUCUUGCAUAAUUUUUCUAUUGUGAAGACGUAAUGGCCGCUGCGUUUGUCCUGUCGCCACGGUUCCUCGUCCACGGUGUUUUCUUACUAGUGUUGUUCUAUUCUAGUGCGGGCGCUUCCGAAAGAGGACAGCUUCCUGUGUCUCGAAUUGCCUUCGGAUCCUGCUCCAACCAGAGCGCUCCUCAGCCCAUAUGGAAUGCAAUAAUCAAAUUUGAACCCCAAAUUUUUAUUUGGAUGGGUGACAACAUUUAUGGAGACAUUAGACACCCUUUUAGAUUUAUUGGGAAAGAGAGGACAAUUGGACCAUGGAAGAAUGUUCCAAGGUUUAUUCCCUCCUCUGAGCAAGAAAUGCAAUCCAGAUAUGAGAAAGCUAAAGCUAGUAAUGGCUAUUCUCGUCUUCGAGAGAAUACUAUGGUAAUUGGCACAUGGGAUGACCAUGAUUAUGGAUUAAACGAUGCUGGAAAAGAAUUCGGGGCGAAGAUCACUAACCAAAGACUGCUUCUAGAUUUCUUAGAUGAGCCCCAAGAUAGCCCACGGCGCAAGCAGGCUGGUGUUUAUACGUCAUACACAAUUGGCCCAGUGGGUAGACAAAUCAAGGUUAUUCUCUUAGAUACUAGGUACCACAGAGACCCUUUGUUCAGUGAUGGAAGUAUCCUGGGGAGUUCGCAGUGGACUUGGUUACAUAAGGAGUUGAAUGGUCCCGCAUCAGCCUUAACCAUAAUUGUAUCUUCUAUUCAGGUUAUAUCAAAUCUUUCAGCAGUGACUGGUCCCUUGUUUUACAUGGAGUCUUGGGGACGUUUCCCAAAGGAGAGGGAUCACCUUUUUAAAUUGAUAAAAGAUAGCAAGAGAGAUGGGGUUUUCUUCAUAAGUGGAGACGUUCAUUUUGGAGAAAUUACCAGAUACGACUGUGCGACUGGAUAUCCGCUUUAUGACAUUACGUCAAGUGGGCUUACCCAAGCCGUUGAAAAGGCAGUUCCACCACCAUUGCAUCUCAUAGUUAGAUUUGUCGCAUGGUUGACACCAAGUACCAUGAGGGUAAUGGGCCAAAACUGCAGAUAUAGAUCAUGUACAUAUGGCCAACCAAAUUUUGGAGCUAUUGAGAUAGAUUGGGACGCAACUCCAGUGACCUUGAAAAUUGAAGUUAGGGAUGUCCACGGGCACCCUGUAACAAGUGUAAAUAUCUCUCUAUUGGAAUUGCAGACUGACAGCAGAAGCUCUCUGGCCGGCAGCAAAGCUGGAGAACAUGGGCAGCACUGCACCCUUGAAGUUACCAUGCCUUGGAUAGUCAGAUACCGCUUGGCCAUACUGUUCUUUUGCGUAUUAGCUACUUUGCUUUUUGCUUUGGUAGGACUUGCUUGGGCCGCAAUAUUAAUCAGUAGGCGAUGCCAGAAGAAAUGCAAGUUUGAUUGACCAAGCGGCCAGGGGUUGUAUAUAUCAACACCGUCUGGAAUCUGGGUCACUACUACACGCAGGAAAGUGUACUAGUUGCAAAGCCAGGGGGCGCCAGCUUCGAGCCUGCUGUGUUGGAUAAAAAGCAAGUAAAUAUUUUUUGGAGGAAAGUCACGUAUCACGUAAUCUGAAGCACUUCUCUAGUCAAUUUAAAAGUGAAACUCACGAGGCCAAGAAGCUCGUGGAGCUGUAGCAGUAAACUAGUAGUUAUGUGGAGGGAGUGAGUUGUUGACGUGCAAUUGGAAGAGGAGCUCGGCUAGCAAGGUCCUGUGAAGUUAAAUUAGCAUAAUUAAUUUAGGGGGUUGAAGAAUUGAAUUAUUUGGGAGUCCAUCAGUGCAAUGUUUAUUUUUAAGCCGUACAGAAUGGGGGCGGGGUAGGACUUAGGAGUAGGACGGUGGAGGUGCAAAUAGAAUCCACUACUGAUGACGGGGUAUGACUAUGAAUGUGUGACAACUCCAUUUUCUUUCACAAGAAAUUAUAUUAAUGUCAUGUUGGUAUUU